GGAAAUAAUAGAAAUUCUAUUCUAUUAAAGGGAUGGUGUCUUCUUUUCUGUCGGUGGCGUAAAUCACGGUCUUCACCUCCCCCUUAAGGCGCCUUGUGGAACCACAGCGAGGCCGAUUCUCUCCAGUUGAUCGAGCGCAGACAGACGGCGUGAUAAUGAUUCUCGCGCUAGCGUCGUAUCAUGUACAAGGCUCGGACUGAGCAUCAGGAGAAGACGUGCGGAAUAUAAUGCAAACAUCAGAGCUGAUUGUGAAAGCGGCUUCGGCAGCGUCGCAUCUCGUCGCGGGGAUCCAUAGAUGAUGGCCCCGCAGCUCGCGAGUUUCAGGGUGCAGCGCGUGCGUGUGUUUGUCCUUGAGUUGAGCGCUGCCAGUAUGUGAUGUUUCAUCCAUGUAUGCCGGAAUGCACGCUGAAACAAAAGCGAUGCAGUGAGUGUGCAUGUGCAUAUCUGCGUUUGUAUCCAGAUGCGCGUCGCUUUUCUGGAGAACGCCUCGCCUCUGAUGGAGGAGGUGAGAAGCUGAGACCGUUUUUCUUCCUUGUCUGAGUGGAUUUUUCAGUGUUUAUCAGUGAAGAUGCCGCGGAGUCUGCGGAGGCUGAUGCAUAUGAUGCUCCUCUGUCCUUUAUCGAAAGGCUUACAGGCCCGUCUGCCUGCAGUAAAGGUGAAGUACCUGUUGGCGUUGUGGUUUGGGAUUCUAGUGGCCAGCUGGAUGAUCUACAUGCAAUAUUCUUCAUAUUCCGAGCUCUGCAGGGGUCACGUCUGCACUAUGAUCAUAUGUGAUCAUUAUCACAAAGGAAUCAUCUCGGGCUCGGCGUGUAAGUCUCUCUGUGAGGAGAAAACUCUCUCUCUUCAACGCUGUCUUUCAACAUCACCUACGCACCAGGUGUACAGUGCUGAAUGGAAGGAGAAAGCCGUUUUGGUGAAAUGUGGCAUUGAGGAGAGCAUGAGAGGAGAAAAUGGCCCCGAAUCUCCACUGCGGCACGAUAUCAGCCAAUAUGACAAACCCACCCGCGGAACAUCCAUGGAUGAGUUCAGAGCGAUGCUGCAUUCCUUUCUCAAGGACAGUGUUGGGGAGCAGACGUCUCUUGGAACUCUUGUCACUCGUGUCAUCUCUCUGGCUGACGUCAACGGUGAUGGUAAAGUUUCGUUAGCGGAGGCAAAAUCUGUCUGGGCUCUGCUGCAGAUCAAUGAGUUUGUUUUAAUGGUGGCGCUGCACGACAAAGAACACGCUCCCCGCCUGCUGGGCUUCUGUGGUGACCUGUACGUGACCGAGCACAUAGCACACAGCGCCCUCUUCAGGCUGGAGGUGCCCGGCUGGAUGCAGCCAGUGUUUCCCGAGGCACUGGCCAGGGCCCUAAACCGUUGGCUCGCCCCUGCGUGGCCCCACAGGGCCCGAAUCACCAUCGGACUGCUGGAAUUCGUGGAAGAGGUGUUCCACGGCGUGUACGGAAGCUUUUAUUUGUGUGACGCUAGCUCGCAACGGGUCGGCUACAACGAUAAAUACGACUUCAAAAUGGCUGACCUACAAAGCAUAGCAUCGGAGGCGACCGUCAAGGGAUUCUUACGAGGACGUACGUGCGAGGUGAACGCAGACUGCACUUAUGGGCGGGAUUGUAUGGCGACAUGCGACCGAUUGGCCAGGCAGUGCAACGUGGAAGUGGUGCAGCCCAACUUGGCCAAGGUUUGCGCGCUGUUGCAGGACUUCUUGCUGUUCGGAGCACCGGCCGACCUGAGAGAGGACCUGGAGAAACAGCUUCGCACGUGUGUGACACUCAGCGGACUGGCGUCACAAAUGGAGGUACAUCAUUCCCUCGUUCUCAAUAACCUCAAAACUCUGCUGUGGAAGAAGAUCUCGGAUACAAAGUACUCCUAAGAUGGAGAGAGGGGUUAACAGGACAACGGGACACAAAGAAUGAAUUGAACGAGCCUCUGGAAUCCUACAGAAGAGCUGAGCCAGAUAAAGUUUAUAAUGUGAUAUAACAGAUGUUUUAGUGUAAGGAUGACCAGAUAGGACACUGCAUCCUCACUCGACUACUUUAACCCUUUAACCUUUUGAAAUUUCUUCUGAAAGAUCUUUUUAAUUUGACUAAACGUUUGGAAAAGGACAUAGAUAGAUUUGCAUUUACAUUUCUCUGAUAAUAACACCAUGGAGUGGUUUCCCGAACAUGUCUUAAACCUAGUCCCAGAGUAAUUUAAAUGUUAAAGAUGUCUUGAUCGAAAAAACUUGUACUGACAUAUCUUAAAAUAUAUCAGUGCGAUUGUUUUGUCUCAAGAUGCACACCAGUAAUGUUUUUUUGUAAAGUAUGUUUUUAAAAUGACUUAAAUAUCCUAAUGUAACAAAGGCCUAGUCCUGCCUUAAACUAACCCCUGUCCGGGAAACCGCCCCCAUGAGUCCUAUUUAGUUAAUUAAUCUAGGCUGCUUAGACCCUAGGUAGGGACAAUUCUGAGUAGAUGUAACUGAGGCAAAGAAAGUUUUCGAGAACGUAACUUCAGGUUGCAACAAUGUUUUUUUUUCUGGUAACACUGUUUUAAGUUGCUUGAAAGACAAACUUGAAUCCACACCUAGUUGUCAUUAGAAACCAAGACUUGAGCUUUUUUUCAAUCUUAAAAGGAAAGUUUGACCCAGAAUAAAACUUCUGUCAUCAUUUAUUCACACCCAUGUGGUUCAAAACCCGUAUAACUCAUAUAUUUUGAGAAAUGUCUCAGUGGUUUUGUAAUCAUAAAAUGAAAGUCAAUGGGGGUCAGUGAUGUUUGGUUAUCAAUAUUCUUCAAAAUAUCUUCUUUUGUGUUCUAUAGAAGAAAGUCAUACAGGUUUGUGUAAAGGAUGAAAUAAUUUUCAUUUUUUGUGAACUAUCCCUUUAAAUCCCAAUGUUUUGAAGCCCCAUCCUUUGAGAUCAGGACACGUCCGUAGUCUCUGCCAAGAUCUACAACACAAUUUAAAAAACGUUACCACUGAGCACAUAAUAUAUACAAAAAAGACAACAUUUUAUAUAUUAUGUUAUUUUACAGUUGUUUGGUGAGAUUAUGUUUUCAUUCAUUUUGUAGGGUGUCAAAAGACAGAUAUUUAUUUUUUUGCCAUGGUUUGAGAACUAAUUAGCGUUCAUGCUGAGGUCUGUUACACUUGAACUGUCCGAGUACUUUUUAUUUGAAUGUGUUUCUCAGGGUUUGUGUGUUGAUGUCUGAAUGUGGAAAAAAUACUGUUAACAUUAAACAGCCGAAACAGAAUGAUGACAUAUUGUUUAAGAGGUCCACAUGUAUGUGUACAUUUAUGUUGCACAUAAACAUGAAAGUGUGUGUAUAAUGGUAAACACAUUUGUUUGACUGAUGUUACGUAUAGGAGGACUUUUUACAAACUUUAUCUUCACACUAGUGUAACUUCAGAUUAUUGUACCUGCCCUUAACAGACUCUUAUAUCAUCAGACGGACAUUUGAGCGAUAACCUACAGAAUCACAUGACCGGGAGUGGAACGCUGUGCUAGACUUUACAAUUUUACACUCUUAAAUGAAGAGAUUCUGUGGAGUGUUAGAAUGUUUUUAUUUGAGUGAUCUGGAGAGAACGUUACUAUCAUUCAGGUUCAUAAACACCUUUUUUUAUUUUGACCUCCAUCAUGAUUACUUCUUCAACUCUUUGUUAUCAGUAAACGUUUAUG